AGUUGUAGCGAGCUAGCUCUGCCCGGGUGAGCUUUUCCAUUCGCUCAGCCCGAGUGAGCGAAUUUUCUAGGUUUACAGCGCUCAUGGUGGCAGUUUCAGCAAUCGCAAAUUGACAUGGGACGACCAAAACUACCCGAAAACGAAGAAGAAGCAAAAAUACAGAAAGCUAAGAGGUUAGAGGCCCAAAUCGAGGCCAGAGAAAAGAAGGCAUUGAAAAGAAAAGCACAAAAUUUGGCGAAAAACUUGUUUAGAAGAAAAAAGCAAUUACAGGAAAUCCUCAACUCCACAAGAAUUGUACGAAGAAAGGAUACUCUGGUGGAGGAUUUUCUGAUGAUGCGCAUAAAAACCAACCAUCAAAAAAGCUAUUGGCUGAUGGGAAAACAGAAGUUGAAAUAUUAAUUCAACAGUUCAAAAAGGAAGUUCUUUUUAUGGAUCCUUUGCCAGCACGUCUUUCAGAUCCUCAACAACUAACAGAAGCGCAGACCAGAAUUGCUUUUGAUGACCACACGUUUGAUCUUCCUGCAGCUGCAGCACAACAUCACACUUUUACAAAAGAAGCACAGACAAGAAUUGCUGUUGAACACCACACAUCAGAUGAUCUUCCUGCAACACCACAUCACCCUUUUACAAAAGAAACAAAAGAACAACAGGAGGGCUUUUUGCAAUGGUUUGCCCAGGUAGAAGAAGAGGCAGCUGCUGAAAACUUAAACAAUGACAAAGAAAAUGCAGCCGUUAAAAAGAAGAGGUUAGAAGAAUCAAGAAGGAUAUUAAGGGAGCGCAACAAGGACCACGACGAAGAUGAUCGGCUUUGGAAAGAUAGCGCCGAGAGAGCAUAUGUGUCAUUGGUUAAAAGCUAUGGGUGUAAUAGCUUUGUUUGCCAAGUCUGGUCUUCAUCUGCUCUGGGUUUGCAAUGGUGUAUUAAAUGCAAAAAUUGUAGAAAAACUUUCUGUGGUGAUUGUAAUUUUAAAUUGCAUUCUUCCAGCCCUUUCUGUCAUCGGACAGUUCACUUCAGGCAGGCUGACAAAUGGGAUCAUACAAGAAAAUUGUUACCCAUUGAAUUCCUCAUCAUUCAUGGAGCCGUGCAAACGAAAGGGGUUGCAGUUCCGUUGUUUACAGCACCCACGCACUGUCCUCAGUGUAAAGGUGUCGGUAAAACAGGUGGUCUAUUAAAUUUAACACCAGGAUCUGAUUUUUGCACUGUGGUGACAAAAGACGGAGUAUUUAACUUAAAUGAUGCUGUUUUCCAAUGUAACAGAUCAAAGUCAUGCAGUUUCAGACGACCCGCCCAAUUCGAAGACUACAUUUCUUCAGGAUUCUUUCCUGGGACGCCAAAAAAUUGAAGUUUUCUAUUUUCUACGAAAUUGUUGCGCAUGUGGCAUCAUUUAAGUCUACUAACACCUGGGACGUCGGAACGACAGUUCGCAGCAACAAUUUCCUCCACGCCAGACGGUGUAGGCUUGAGCGAAAUCAUCAAUUCUCUCAUGUUCAAAAGAGCCAGCAAAGCAUGCUCCUACGUCCAUCAUCUCAUAGACAAACGUGUUAAAGGACUCCGGAAGGAUUUAUGUCGAGCCUGCAUCUCAAAACUAACUGGAGAACCGGAACCGCUAUCGUUACACCCUGAUGGCAACCACAAACUUUGUAGGCGGCAUCGUGAAAAUCAAAAGAAAGGCCAAAGUUGGUAUGAGGAUGAGGUGAUAACCUCUCAAGCUGAGCUUAAAAGCGUCAAAGAGGCUGUUGCCACUGUACGGCCCCAAGGAAAAAACACAAUUGGCUCUAAGUGUGGCAAUGCUGAAUUUGUAGCGAUGAGAGAGGUAUCAUCACGAUACAAAAACCUCGCCACUGUAGGCAUUGUAAUGGCAUCCUGUGGCCAUGGAUGCAUCUUCACAGCCUGUGAUAUGUGCGAAGGUGAAACGUUUCGGCAUACUCUCGUUGCACACAUAAAGUGCAGUAAAUUCAAUUGCAAAUUUUUGGUGAACGACGUAAUUUGUAAGUACUGGCCAUUCGUCGAGUUUCUCGGGAAGGAACUUCGAGAGCAGUUCGGACAUCUUACGAAUGGCAUGCAAGGAUUUCUUUCCCGUCUUCAUGGGCAAUGCCAUUCCUGGUACUGCCAGAUAUUGUUUUUCGGCCACUGGAAAGUUGGAGCUGCUGGAACCCUAGGAGAAGAAUCGGAACAAGUCUUCAGUUUUUUUUCACGAUACGCUAACGUUACGAAAGUAAUGAGCGAAGCAGGUAGAAACGACUUUCUAACCCUGGCUAUAUUAUAUUGGAAUUCAAGAAAAGAAAAAAUUCUGCCGAGAUUGGUCACCUCAAGACUUCUCAUCGCUGUUCAUCGUGUACAUUUCUACCAAAAACGUUUGGUAUAUUUAUUGGCAAAAAGAGGACUGACGGAGGCCGACCUUCCUGAUAUACAUCUUCAACUUUACAACAAAGCCUUUGAAUAUAUCAAAAGCAACAGAGAAGACAAGAAAAAAACAAAGUUGGAAAUUGUUCAGAAUGAAAUAGAAACAUUUUAUUACGAACACUCCAAUAUGCAUGAUAGAAUUGCAAGUGUUGCUGCUACUUGCAAAUGGAAAGCCCACAUUCGGAAUAAAAUAUCCAAGUUGAAUGUAAAAAUAAAAGCCAAGCUUGUAACUUUAAAUGCUUUGACAGAAGAAGAUUGGAUAACCAAAAUAAAUGGAGACGUUUACCAUCCGCUAACGUUUCAACAUUUUACGGAAGGAGCUUUCCCGUGGGAAGAGUCAAACGACGCCUCCUUCAGGGAAAAUUUUAAACUAAUCGAUUGUUGGAUGCUGCUUAAAAGGAAUGAAGAACAGCCGGGUCAAUCUAUGAAAGAAAUUUCUCAAUUUCUGCAUUCCCUAAAGAAAAGUAUUGAAUUUCAUCAUGCUGAAGUUGGAAACCUGAUGCAACCCGAUGUGACUGACAACUUUGUUGUUCAAGAACAAGAAUUGGUUGAAGAUUUGCUGCUGCCACAAACAGACAAAAUGCUUUUUAAUCAAGCGCAAGCGUCAAUGAAGUUUGCAGAAAUUCGCCGCCUUCAAAUGGUCCUAAAUGAUGCUUUAAGAUACUUAAAGUAUUAUCAACAUCUAGAACCGGGUGAUUAUGAAAGUAUGCUUAAUGAGGAAGAAUCUGACGGUGAUGAAAUAAAUGAAUGCCACGAUUCUGAUAGCAAUGACAAUGAAGCCUGAUACAUGAACCUAUGCGUCUUACCAUUACAAACCUUAGGAACAUUUUUUUUAAGGAACUGAAGAAUAAGUUGUAACAUUGCGUGUUUGUCAUUAUGCUGAUACUGUACCUGUAGGCGUUGGUCACAUUUCCCUGUUUUUUAAACUGCCUCUCAGUUUUAAAAUGUUCGGAAACUAAGAUU